AUGUUGACAGAAGCAAUGGACUGUGAUAUGGAAGAAAUGAAGUUACCUCCGCCACCAGUUUUGAAAACAACUAUUAUUCAAUUGAAUAAAGAUUUAGAUCAAGAUAAUGGAAAUUUUGAAAUCUUGACUAACGAUUAUAAUGAACCUAAUGAAGAAAAGAUUGAUAAAGAAGUUAAAGAACCGGUGAAGAAAAGGAGAAGAUCUAAUAGUAAUAUCAAUAAGGAAGAAUUAGCUAAGAGGAAGUUUGAGACUAAACAGUUACAUUCGAUUAUUGAAAAGAGGCGUAGAAUCAAAAUUAAUAGAGAAUUCGAAGCUUUAAAGUAUUUGAUACCUGCUUGUAGAGCUGAAGGUACUACAUCAACGAUAAAUUCUCCUAAUUUGACAGCCAAAAAGACUAAUAAUUCUAAAAUCGAUGGGAUGUACAAAUUAACUAUCUUGAAAUCUUCGGUGGAAUAUAUCUUAUACUUACAUCAUAUAAUAAGUAAGCAAACGGAAAUGAUUAAACAAGCUAAUCCUCAAUUUGAUUUCGAUCCGGAGUUUACUAAUAUCCCUUUAAAUGUUAAUGAAUAUAGAAAUAUCGAUAAGGAAUUUGAUUUCAAACAAUUGGUUAAUGAUUUUGAUGAUAAAGGUUUACGUCUUAAUAAUAGUAGCACAAGUCUUUCAGGAAGUCUACCUGAUUUUAAUUUUAUGAAUCUUGAUGAAAAGGAGAAGGCGAGUUUAAGUGAUGAAGAAUUUCAAUUACCUUCACCUAUAAUAACUCCGGAUAUGCAACCCAAUAAGUAUCAGUAUAAUUCUAAAUUCCAAUUACCCGAUCCGGUAAUGAAUUUACCUAAGAAGAAAUUAUUCAAGAACUUACCUAAAGAGUUGAUAAUUAAUGAGAAUGAGGAAGAGAGUGCAACGAAGACGUUGUUAAGUUUGAGGAAGAGUCUGAUUGAUAAUUUAUUGAAUUAA